AUGGUACAAUACGAAUUUUUCGGAGAUUUAACUCUAGCUCCCAAAGAUGAAAUGAAUGAUCUUAAGAUAAAACUUGAAAAUUGUCAAUCCAGUAAGGUUGAUGUUUCCGCAGGAGUAUAUAGAGGGGAGAAUGGUGAGUCGUAUACAUUAUCAUCAGUAAAAGCAGCUAAAGGAGUAUUACAUGCAAAUGAUCCCGGGCAUGACUAUAAUUUUACCCUAGGUAUCAAAAACUUCAACCUGAUGGCUGCUGAUAUCAUAUUUGGGAAAGAUAUUUCUACUGGUGGAUAUAUUGCUACAUGUCAAACAAUAUCUGGAACCGGUGCUUGCAGUAUAGCUAUUAAAUUUCUAGUGGACUGCUGCAAACUUACCAAUUUCUAUAUUGGAACACCAACUUGGCCCAAUUACGCUCCAAUGAUUAAAGCAGCCAAUGCUGAAGUCGUGGAAUAUGUUCAUUACAAUCCGUUGACAAGAAGUCUUGAUUUUGAAAGCGUUUUAGAAGCCAUUUCUAAAGCUAAGAUGCAUUCAGUAUUCAUCCUACAAUUAUGUUGUCAUAAUCCCACCGGUACUGAUUUUUCAAUAGAUCAGUGGAAAAUUUUGGCUGAUAAAAUGCAAGAAAAAAAAAUCAUGCCAGUGUUUGAUUCUGCCUAUCAAGGGUUUGGUUCAGGUGACAUUGCGGUGGACGCAAAACCUAUUAGAUUAUACUAUGCUAAAGGAUUGCAAUUUUUGGUCUGUCAAUCAUUCUCCAAAAACUUGGGGUUAUAUAGCGAAAGGGUUGGUGCACUUCACGUCGUAGUAUGUGAAAAAAAAUUAGCUGAAAUUGUCUCUGAUCAAUUAAGAAGUAUAUUCAGAAGAGAGUGUUCAAGUGCGCCAGCUUAUGGGGCUAGGUUGGCUGUCAUUAUAGCAAACGACCCAAAAUUAACUGAACAAUGGAGAAACGAUUUAAGAACAAUCUAUAAGAGACUAGUUGAUAAAAGAAUUGAGCUUCAUGAUUUAUUGAUAAAGUAUCAAACUCCAGGCAGCUUCGAUCAUUUGUUAAAUCAGAAUGGUUUAUUUUGGUUCAGUGGUUUGUCUAAGGUCCAAUGUAAAUUAUUGGUUGAAGAAUAUCAUAUCUUUAUUCCUUCGAAUGGUCGCGUUAAUAUAGCCGGUUUAAAUAAUAGUAAUAUUCAUUACUUUGCGAAAUCAUUUUCCGAAGUAAUCAAGAUCUCAGUAUAG